AUGCCUGCGCGCUCCCUGCCCCUGCGCGCUCCCUGCCCCGAGCCUGCGCUGCCCCUGAGCUCCUGGGCGAUUGCCAAAGUGGAAAAGUUGAAGCCUCUGGAAGUAGAAUUGAGGCGCUUGGAAGAUCUUUCAGAGUCCAUUGUUAAUGACUUUGCUUAUAUGAAGAAACGAGAAGAAGAAAUGAGGGACACGAAUGAGUCAACGAACACUCGGGUUCUGUACUUCAGCAUUUUCUCCAUGUGCUGUCUCAUCGGACUGGCCACCUGGCAGGUUUUCUACCUGCGUCGCUUCUUCAAAGCCAAGAAACUAAUUGAGUAAAGGAGCAAAUCCUCAUCCCCCUCCUCUCAGACCCAGCUGGACACCGCUGGGACCUAGCCAUGGCCCCCUGGAGCCAUCUCACAGAUGAUACCCACUGACUAGAGUUUUUCUGGAGGAACUUGGACCUUAAAGGAGGAGGGGAGCCUAAACAUUGGAGGCAACGGGGAACUUGUGAAUUCCUGUUGGAUACUGAGGGUGGGGGAGGUCAUGAUGGGUUUGGGUAUUCCUGGGGCAGUGAUUAAAUAAAAAAAGAUGUUUCCAUGACAGCUGCAGCAAGUUUUUUGCGCUGUCUGUUUUCCUUUUAUAAUCAUGGCUUGAUGAUGUCUCCCGUCUGUCUGUGACUGUAGAGUUACUCUGAGCCACUUGACCCUGCUGAGCUCUUUAGGUGCCAUGCAGCAAGCACUGGGGCAGAGCAGAGGAGUCACUGUUCUGGCCAUCUGGGAUCUCAGCCUCGUGCAAAUGGAGAUGAGUGAAAAACAAUAGGAUUCAUCAUUCCAGCAGGGCCUGAGGGUAGAGGGUCAUCCAAGGUUUGGUCCCUGUUGUGGACCUCUGUGUUUCUCCCUGUGGGAGCUGGUGUCUUUGUGUUGACUAGUCAGGGCACUUGAGCAUACAGUGAUUCAGCCUGGAGGAAGGGGUGCCUUGGAAGGAGGGCUUGGGAAUGUAUUUGAGCUUAGAAAGAAGCCUGCUUUGCUCAAAUAAGCUGUCCAGCCUUGGUCCUGCCCUUGCUCCACAUGUUUGUCUUGGAUUUGCCUCUCUCUUAUUCUGAAAUGAUGCAGCAGCUUUCCUAAAAGCCUUGGUCAGGAACAGGCUUUUGUGCAGACAGGAGGCCUUGGUCAGAUACAGUCACAGAGCAAAUGGGAACAGGUUAUGCUAGGAAACUUGGUCUUACAGCGAGCAGGAGACAUCUAUCAGAGUAACAUUUAUCCAGGCAGCUG